GCCUCGACAGAUCAAAUAAGCCUCAGUAAAGGAAGAAGCAAGCAGAAAAGCUCAAGCUCAACCAAAAGGCAAAGCAGUGAAGGUUAUAAGGACUUUACCUCAAACAACAGAAAUGGACAUCAGAACGGGUCAAAUAGUCCGGGCUCCGAGUCCCAUGGAGAGCCUAGAGAAGCAGCUGAGCUGCCCCAUCUGCCUGGACAUGUUCACAAAGCCAGUUGUCAUUCUACCAUGCCAGCACAAUCUGUGCCGCAGCUGCGCCAGUGACCUCUACGACUCCAAAAACCCAUACCACUACUCUGGAGGUAUCUUCAGAUGCCCUACCUGCCGCUUUGAGGUGGUUCUGGACCGCCACGGUGUCUAUGGUCUUCAGAGGAACCUUCUGGUGGAGAACAUCAUUGACAUCUACAAGCAGCAGUUGGAGAAAGGAGGUAAUGCCCUUGAACCCCCAUUGAAAUCCAAAGAAACAAAAGAGCCUAUGUGCGAGGUACACGAAGAGGAAAAAAUUAACAUCUACUGCAUAACCUGCCAGACACCCACCUGCUCCAUGUGCAAGGUAUUCGGUCAGCACAAGGACUGUGAGGUUUCCACUCUAAAAGUUGUUUAUGAAGCACAGAAGUCCGAACUUAAAAAUUCAAUCGACCUUUUAGGCGCCAGCAACAGCUGCCUAAAGGCGAUGUUAACGCAGAUGGAGGAAAACAGCAAAAUGGUGGAAGCAAACAGCCAAGUGCAGAAGCAGAAGCUUGGGGAGAAGUUUGACCUACUCUAUGCCAUCCUAGAAGACCGCAAGACCCAACUCCUAGAGAAGAUCGCGCAAGAACAGGAUGAGAAGGUGGCUGUGGUGCGAUCUCUAGUUCAGCAGUACAGUGAACACCUGCAGGUCAGCAUCAAGCUGAUAGAUAAAGCCUCCCAGACAAUAGACAAUUGCAGUACGGCAGAGUUCCUCAUCGCAGCUAAGCAGCUUAUCACUGAAGCCAAGGAUACAUCCAAGAACUCACAACUAGAGAGGCCAGAGCCAGGCUUUGAGAGUAUGGACCACUUCACGCUCUUCACUGAAGACGCAGAGGCCAUGCUUGCAAAACUGGACUUUGGAGUCAGUGGCGAUGAUGACGAUGACGAGGAAGAGGAAGAGGAAGAGGAAGAGGAGGAAUAAGCAAUGAUAGACUUUAGAAAAAAAAGACUUUGUAGGGAAAAAGAGAUGACAGCAGAUACAAACCUCAGUCAUAAGGACAAUAAUCUGGCUGCUUUUGAUAACUGUGAGACAAGGGAAGUGCAAUCUUAAAGCAGUUUUAGUACAAAUUGUACAAAUUGCACCAUUUGUAAUGUCUUUUCCACUUGAUUUUUGUACUUUUUUAUUAAUAUGGAUGUUAAUAUUGAAUUAUGCUUUUUUAUAUUUUUAUUAGAAUGUAGAAGUUUAUGUUUUGUUUGCUAAAUUAAAGCUAGAUUAUAUGCUGUAGAAUACAGCUUUGCCAACUUACUUUAGAGUGUCACGUGACAUCCAAAUGUUUGAAUACUUGAAAUAGUAAAUGCACUUGAAUGAUGAACUGCAAUGUAAUGUCCAUUUUCAUUGGAUAAUUUGGUGGAAAUAAAAGGACUUACAAAGAAA